UGCCUCAUUCGUUGAACGUGGUCACUUGCAAUACCUUCUGCCUGCACGGCGAUUUGUACAUUUACUACACUCCGAUCCCCGUUGCGACAAUACCGCCCUUCGAUGCAAUUCAUGGGCGCCCUCUCGCACAUGUUUUGAUACCCUUUGACCUGGGUCUAUAGUAUAUGGAGGAGCUGGUCUCCCUCACUAACAGCAAUUACGAUCCACACCCGAUUGGGGGAGAUGUGCAUCUCUCCAGGACUCUCCCUUGUCUUGGACCUUUAGUCACCUUUGGUUACUUUUGACCAUGUCUCCUCUUUCUCUCGAGACACCAAACAAUCAUCGAGAUGGUGAACAUGUCUUGCUGCCGCAUUCCGCCAGUUACAACCACCUUCCCGAUCUCGUCGUUUCGGAAUCCGCCUCUCCCACUCUCCGGAGGACAUUCUCAGACCUGACCUACCCGAAGGAUUCCACAUCCCCGUCCAAGGAGGAUGUCGCAGCGGGGAAAGACAUCCUAAGGCGAACCUCCCUCCGGAACAAGGACAAAUCGACCAUUACGGUCUCUCGAUUUAGUGUUUCUACCGAAGAUGUGACCGAUCCUGCUAGCACGGAGCUCUCCGGAGCUCCCCCGAAAGCCCCAGAGACGACGAAAGUCCCGGAGACAAAGGCUCCAGAGCCUGUGGCGCGGCCCUCUAAAGCCCGCUCUAUGUCCGGAAGAUUGGUCAACCUCGCCCGCAAACCAUGGAAGUCAAGCACCCCUAGCAGAUCUCCUUCUCCGCCGCCCGGUAAGGGCUCGAGGGGGCGGACAUUGCGUGCAGAGGAACAGUCCCCAUCAAACUCGCCUGCAUCACAAUCCAAGGGUCUCACUCCGCUGGACACAGUAACAGAAUUCGAUCCCGCUGUUCCUACGCGCAAGCGAACAAUCUUGAACAAACGGCCUCGGCGGCCGAUGGUAGCGGUGGUAGCACAAAGCCAAGCGGAUAGUCCCACGACCCCCAAUAGUAAUGCUCCAUCGCCUUUCACGCUAACGGCUAAGAACUCGUUGGAAAAGCUUACAUCGUCGCUCAAUGUGACAACUCCGGUCCUUCCCCCAAUGCCUAAGACAGCGGUUGCUUCUGCCGGCAUAGACUUCCCUCGUAAGAAGGAUGAACUCUGGGGUGUUUUUCGUGGCCUCGAGGCCGACUUUCAAAAAUUUCAAUCCAAAUCCAGUGCCUUGAAGGCCAACGUCAUCCGCUCUUCACUUCUACCUUUCCUCAACCGUAAUCAUUCUCACCCGUCUUAUAAGUCAUUGAGGCCGGAAGACCUGGAUCGUCGAGUUAAUAUCCUCAACAAGUGGUGGAUAGGAUUGUUGGAGAUGCUCAAUGGGAAGCACAAUCAAUCUAUAUCAGGCACUGACAGGCCUGUGUAUCUAGAAGCUGUUGUCGGAAUCAUGACUCGGCCUGAAUGGAGGAUCCCCUUUCCAUCGCUGCCAUCCGAUGAAAAUUCGCCGAAGCCCCUACAACAUGCUGCAACCUCGAUCUCAGAAAGUUCAGAGGGCUCGUCCGGAAGCUCAGAUUUUCUUGUCGAAUCGAUUCAUCAUAACAUAAGGAACAUUUUCACGCAAAAUUUACUGUCUCAGAUGGCCUUUGUGGUAGAACGGAUGUCCAUGAGACACGCUCCGGCUAGCUUGGUGGCCUUUUGCGGAAAAGCUUGUGCCUAUGCGUUUUUCUUUUGCCCAGGAGUGUCAGACAUUCUUGUUCGGCUGUGGAACACGCCGCCCAACAUCUUCCGACGGGUUCUUGCCCAGUCGAAUGUAGAUGGCAGUGGCAGUACGCGCGCAUUAUCCUUCCAUGGCCACACGCCAUUAGUUCGCUAUCUCCGCCGAAAGCCCGAUGUUCCUUUAAGCACGGCUCAGAUUCGGUGGCAGAGCCCUUGGGUUUCACGGUGGAGUGGCCGUGAUAGCGACUUGUUCUUUGUAUUUGUUAAAUACAUACACAUCCUCUACGCUGAUGCGUUGCCUGCAGACAUCGAUAAAGACAAGCGUGUCUUGGCGCCAGGCUUAUUGCCAAUACACGCACAACUUCUUGUCGUUCUGGAGGACACACUUUAUAAACAGUCAGUCCCCCAGGCGCCAACAAACUCACAUACUGCUGCCGCAAUCACGUUCGAUGAUUUCAUCGAAGGUGCUGAUACUUCGGUCUCGGCUCUCCCUUUGGGAGCUGCAAACAGUCAUCGAUCGAUGGCCGAAAACCGUUUAAUUAUAUUAUUACGCGAUUUUCUCUCUGAAUCUUCCGUUGAGCCAAAUCAUGCCCGACUGUUAUAUGCCGAGUCAUUUGCUAUGGUAAUGAAAACUGCCGCUGGAAAGACUUCGUUGUUCGAUCAUAAUGCCUGCUUUCUACUUUGCGACUUCGUUGAAGAAGUCAUUCCCAUAAUAACACGAUAUUCCCAGUCGGUGAAGUCGGACUUGUUUGACUGGAAAUUCUGGCUUGAAGUUUGCGAUCGAAUGAUGCAAAGCCAUAACUCUCUCACUGAAGUCCGCGUGUUUUCCUUUCUCUUCUGCGUUUGGAACACAUGGACCGCUUCGGAGGAGAGGAAGGCAGACCUUUGCCUGGAGUUCCUUCUGAAAGAGUCGUUAUUUUAUCACUACUUCUGCCACUGGAGUCCUAUGGUUCGUGCCUACUUUCAUCGUCUUCUUUGUUGGAGAUUGGGUAGAUUUAAUGGUGACCCGUCACCACUCGACACGUAAGUGCAUAGAUUCUCAGGGAUGUCGAUGUGAGAAGGGAAUGAUACUAAUCAAGCUGAUGUAGAACAAUUUAUGAAGUGCUCGGGAGCCGAUUACAAAGCCUUUGGGAAUAUUACCUGAAAUUUCAAGCAAAAGCUGAAAAGGAACUUACGGUACCGCUAUCUUCAGCGCCCUGUACGCCAGCACCCGGGC